UUCCUUUGUUUUGAGUUAGUAUGUGGGCAGAUUUAUAUAUUUAUGAAAGAUUUUACAUAACAAAACUGGAAAUAGAAGUGAUGGGAGUGAACCAAAAAUAAACGUACUUUCAUUUGCAAGGAAAAAAAUAUAACUAUUGGUAACUGUUGCAUCUACAGCAGAGGUAAACGGGCUUUAUGUCGCAAUUCAAAAUUUGACCAAUAAUGUCAGGAAAAAGUACCCCCUGGUGCUUAACUUCUUUUUACACUUGAUUAAGUGUUACAUAGGUGAAUCAUCUUUGCAUGACACAAAUAUUGAAAUAUUUCAUUACACAUUUAUCCUUGACAUGAAAUAUUUCAAUAUUGUUCUGCAAUUUUUUUUUGUCCACUUGUAUGACGUUAAGAAUGUUAAAAUGCUACACAUCAAACAUUUUUUGUCCACUUGUAUGAGUUAAGAAUGUUAAAAUGCUACACAUCAAACAUUGCCAGCAAGGUUUAUAAAGGUUUUAUAAUAGUUAUAGUUACAGUUUGUUUCUUUUUCCAUUAAUACACGGGAAACGUUUGAUACAAAAAUUGAACAAAGCGUAGAUCAACCAGCUCCUGUUGUUGAGAUUUCACUGAUAACUUGUAAUUAUUUGUGUUAGUCUGAACACAUUUGCCACAUUAAGGGCUUUGGGGGUUGAAGUAAAAAUGUGCUUGCUGCUAACAUUUUCUUUCACCGUUCAUUAAGUACCUCAAGAAUUCAACAACACAUGCAGGAGGUGCGUAAGGUGUAUAAUUUGAUUGGGAUCCAUAUUAGGCCUUUUGAGCCUUGGCGGAAGUCUCGACCAUGUGCCAUUCUAGUUAGUGGUUGCUUUGUGUGUCAUUCACACCGUAUGUGCUGACUGGGAUCACCGGGGGCCCCAUGUGGGCUAGGAGAUGAUCACCUGACGAGGAAGAUCCCCUGCUAACCUUCAGAACUAUCUGCUGAGGGCAAAAGGAUUGUUUGCUAUUCAGCCCUCUGCCUUCUCUUCAGGGCUCUCAUCCCACGAGUACACACGGGGGAUUAUUAUUACUGCUAACCUGCACUUUAUAUUUCUGUUUUUCCCCCCCCUUCUUGGAUUACAACAGAGGUCAAAACUGGAUCCCGCAACAGCGUUUGUUUGAUUUUUGGCAGGUUUUGUCUGUUAAUAUUUGGAGGUAGCACAGUGACAGCAGGCGAAGGCCAAAGGCAGAGAGAGCUCUGUUCUUGCCUUGAAGAGGGAGAGGCUGCCAUCAUUUGAGUGAAGAGGACACAGAGGGAAGGAUGGGAGUACAAAAGGAGGAUGUGGAACAGUUCCUCAAAGGGAACCCGGCUUUUGCUACGGAGUACUUUGCCAAGAAGAUGAACCAAAGCACCAUAUCUGAGGUGUCCGGACUACUGGAAAAACAGGUGGACUUCAGCCAAUUUCAGGAACUCAGCCAGGUAGAGGAGAGUCAAAUCAUGUACGACUUGAUCACAGACAUGCAGGAGAACAUCAACAUGGAAAAAGUGGUCUUCAAGAUCCUCAAGAGAAUCAGCGCGUUGAUCCACGCCGACCGCUGCAGCUUGUUCAUGUACCGUCAGAGGAACGGCAUCGGCGAAUUGGCCACCAGACUCUUCAACGUCAACACCCAGUCCGAGCUGGACGAGUGCAUCGUGCCGCCCGAUUCCGAGAUCGUCUACCCACUGGACUUGGGGAUAGUCGGUCACGUAGCCCAGACCAAGAAGACGGUGAAUGUGAAGGAUGUCAAAGAGAACCAGCACUUCAGCUCAUUCGGAGACGAGCUCACGGAUUAUGAGACCAGGAACGUUCUGGCCACGCCCAUUCUCAACGGCAAAGACAUGGUGGCCGUGAUCAUGGCCCUGAACAAGACCACCGGGCCGCAUUUCACGAAUGAGGAUGAAGAUCUCUUUUUAAAGUAUCUGAAAAUUGCCACUUUGAACUUGAAGAUCUACCACCUGAGUUACCUCCACAACUGUGAGACACGGAAAGGACAGCUGCUGCUGUGGUCAGCCAACAAAGUGUUUGAAGAGCUGACUGACAUCGAGCGACAGUUCCACAAGGCCUUGUACACGGUGCGAGCCUACCUCAACUGUGACCGAUAUUCUGUCGGCUUACUUGACAUGACCAAGGAGAAAGAGUUCUUUGACGUGUGGCCGGUGUUAAUGGGAGAGCAGCCACCUUACUCUGGGCCUGUAACUCCUGAUGGAAGGGAGGUAAAUUUUUACAAAGUAAUUGAUUAUAUAUUACAUGGGAAGGAAGACAUCAAAGUAAUACCUAAUCCACCAGCAGAUCAUUGGGCCUUGAGUAGUGGCCUGCCUACUUACGUUGCUGAAAGUGGCUUUAUUUGCAAUAUCAUGAAUGCAGGGGCGGAUGAGACAUUUCAGUUCCAAACUGAGGCACUGGACAGCAGUGGAUGGACCAUAAAGAAUGUUCUCUCCCUCCCAAUUGUAAACAAAAAGGAAGAGAUAGUCGGCGUGGCCACCUUUUACAACAGAAAAGAUGGAAAGCCAUUUGACGAUCAAGAUGAGCAGCUCAUGGAGGCUUUGACCCAGUUCUUGGGCUGGUCGGCUUUGAACACGGACACAUACGACAAGAUAAACAAGCUCGAGAACCGCAAAGGCAUCGCCCAGGACAUGGUGCUCUACCAUGUUAAAUGUCGGAACGAUGAAAUUCAAAAUAUUCUGAACACAACAGAGGUCUAUGACUGCGAACCAUGGGAGUGUGAAGAAGACGAGCUUCUCGAUAUCUUGAAAAAAGACCUUCCUCCUCUGAUAAAGAAAUUUGAGAUCUACGAGUUCCGUUUUUCGGAUUUCAAAUGUACAGAGCUGGAACUGGUCAAGUGCGGAAUACAGAUGUACUAUGAAGUCGGCGUAGUCAAGAAGUUCCAAAUCCCACAGGAGGUGCUGGUUCGUUUCAUGUACUCUGUCAGUAAAGGCUACAGGAGAAUCACUUACCACAACUGGCGCCACGGCUUCAACGUGGGACAGACCAUGUUCACUCUCUUGACGACGGGAAUGCUAAAGAGGUACUAUACCGACUUAGAGGUCAUGGCCAUGAUUACAGCAGGCUUCCUUCAUGACAUUGACCACAGAGGAACCAACAACUUGUACCAGGUCAAGUCAGGCAACCCACUAGCCAAGCUGCAUGGAUCUUCCAUCUUGGAACGACACCAUCUAGAGUUUGGAAAAUUUCUCCUGUCUGAUGAGUCACUGAACAUCUACCAGAACCUCAACCGGCGACAGGUGGACCACGUCAUUCACCUCACAGACAUAGCCAUCAUUGCCACUGAUCUCGCUCUUUAUUUCAAAAAGAGGACCAUGUUCCAGAAGAUUGUGGACCUUUCGCACACGUAUGAGGACGAAAAGAAGUGGGUUGAUUUCAUGUCUCUAGAAACAACCAGGAAAGAGAUUGUCAUGGCCAUGAUGAUGACUGCUUGCGACUUGUCCGCCAUUACCAAGCCUUGGGAGGUGCAAAGCAAGGUUGCCUUGUCUGUGGCGGCAGAGUUUUGGGAGCAAGGUGACCUGGAAAGGACAGUACUGGAACAACAACCUAUCCCCAUGAUGGACAGGAACAAAGCAGCAGAGCUCCCCAAGCUCCAAUGCGGUUUCAUCGACUUUGUCUGCACAUUUGUCUACAAGGAGUUCUCCCGCUUCCACCCACAAAUCCAACCCAUGCUCGACGGAAUCCUCAACAACAGGAAGGAGUGGAACGCCAAAAAAGAAGAGUACGAGGCAAAGCUCAAAGUCAUCGAGGACCAGAAGGCUGCCCAACAGGCGGCAGCAGCCAGUAAAGCUGAUAAUGCCAGCGGUGGAGGCUCCAAGACCUGCUCGGUAUGCUGAAAGAUGAUCGCUGUAGUCACUGCCAAGGAGAAAAAAAAAAAGAUAAAGGGAGCUGGACGUGUGUGCAAUCUUGGUCUCCUAAUAUUUCUGCGGCAAGAUUGGUGCUUAUGAGGAAGAAGCAGAGAGAGAAUCGGAAGCAAGAGAAGUAUCUUGUAGUCUUAACGGAAUAUUUACAUAUUUGGACGGUGUAAGUGUAUUUGUAUAUACGGUAUGUGUGUAUGUUUCCCAAUUGUACAGAUGACUUUUGGUUUGCCAGUCAACACUAGCCUAAAAGUGAACUUGUAAAUACACCAUCGUUGUGAAAAGCA